CUCCCGGUAUUUAAAGCGUCCGCGCUGCUGCUCGCCUUUGCAGAGCGGAGAGAGCCGGGGACCUUGAGAGCGCACCGGGCUGCAGCUCAGCCACUCAGCCGUCCGGAGCGCCGCGGUGGGCGGAGACUGAAGCCCCCUCCACCCACCCACCAAAAAAAAAAAGGUCCGCAGCCACAGCAUUUUGGGACUCCCCUCCCUCACACUCACACUUACAAACACACACACACACACACCCACACCCACACACCUUCACACACACAUACACAAGCAUCCAGUCCGUCCGAGGAGCAAGGAAUCAUGGCCACCACCACUUGUACGCGCUUUACAGAUGAGUACCAGCUCUACGAGGAGCUCGGCAAGGGGGCCUUCUCGGUGGUGCGACGCUGUGCCAAACUCUGCACAGGCCAAGAGUACGCCGCCAAGAUCAUCAACACCAAAAAGCUCUCUGCCAGAGACCACCAGAAGCUGGAGAGAGAGGCCAGGAUCUGCAGAUUGCUCAAACACCCCAACAUCGUUCGUCUCCAUGACAGCAUCUCAGAGGAAGGCUUCCACUACCUUAUCUUUGACCUGGUGACAGGAGGGGAGCUGUUUGAGGACAUCGUGGCUAGGGAGUACUACAGCGAAGCAGACGCCAGUCACUGUAUCCAUCAGAUUCUAGACAGUGUGUCUUACACCCACCAACAUGACAUAGUGCACAGGGACCUCAAGCCGGAGAACCUGCUGCUGGCCAGCAAGUGUAAGAAUGCAGCUGUGAAGCUGGCUGACUUUGGACUGGCUAUCGAGGUUCAAGGAGACCAGCAGGCUUGGUUUGGCUUUGCAGGAACUCCUGGCUACUUGUCCCCAGAAGUACUGAGGAAGGAGGCGUACGGUAAACCUGUAGAUAUCUGGGCAUGUGGCGUCAUCCUUUACAUUCUUUUGGUUGGGUACCCUCCGUUCUGGGACGAAGACCAGCACAAGCUCUACCAGCAGAUCAAAGCCGGAGCGUACGAUUUUCCCUCUCCAGAGUGGGACACGGUGACUCCUGAAGCUAAAAAUCUGAUCAACCAGAUGCUGACUAUCAACCCUGCCAAGAGAAUCACUGCCCAAGAGGCUCUGAAGCACCCGUGGGUCUGCCAACGCUCAACGGUGGCCUCCAUGAUGCACAGACAGGAGACGGUCGAGUGCCUGAAGAAGUUUAACGCCAGGCGGAAACUUAAGGGAGCCAUCUUAACCACCAUGCUCGUCUCCAGGAACUUCUCUGUGGGUCGACAGACCACGGCUCCGGCUGCCGUCAGCGGGGUGGCGGGAACCACCGCUGGAAUCGUGGAACAAGCAGCCAAGAGUCUCCUCAACAAGAAGGCAGACGUCAAGCCGCAGACAAACAGCACCAGAAACAGCAUAGUCACCAGUCCCAAAGGCAACAUCCCUUCUGCUGCACUGGAGCCACAGACUACUGUUAUCCAUAACCCAGUAGAUGGGAUCAAGGAAUCGUCCGACAGCAGUAACACCACCAUUGAAGAUGAGGAUGUUAAAGCUCGCAAACAGGAGAUCAUAAAGAUCACGGAGCAGCUUAUCGAAGCCGUCAACAACGGGGACUUCGAGGCCUACGCGAAGAUCUGCGACCCUGGUCUUACCUCCUUUGAGCCUGAGGGACUGGGAAAUCUGGUAGAGGGCAUGGACUUCCACAGAUUUUACUUUGACAAUCUCCUUUCCAAAAACAGCAAGCCCAUCCACACCACCAUCCUCAACCCUCACGUACACAUGAUCGGAGAGGACGCGGCCUGCAUCGCCUACAUCCGCCUGACGCAGUUUGUAGAUGGCCAGGGCCGUCCCCGCUCCAGCCAAUCAGAGGAGACCAGAGUAUGGCACCGCCGAGACAGCCGGUGGCAAAACGUCCACUUCCACUGCUCGGGAGCCCCUGCUGCACCCCUUCAGGGAUGAGCAGGCCGGAGGAGACGUGAAGCCGAAAGAACCGAGCCGACGAUCCGAGAGAAGGCUUCUGCUCUGAGAGAGACGUGCAGGUGGAUGGAAGGGUGGGGGGAGGAGGUUGAGGCUUUCCGGAACGGGGGUCGUUCCCCUGGCACUCUGCGCACCCACCUAGCGCUUCUCUCUCCACGACCACAGCAGACCCAACCCGACCUACACCUACAGCAGGGGGCGCAAUAUCAGCCCUGAGCAGGAAGCGCUGCCUGCCUGCGCCCAGUCUUCAGCUGGCCUGCAUGCGGCCAAAACACCCAGACUGGACUUUUUCUCUCUCCUGCUCCCCGUCGAUGCUUUCUCCUUCUCCGCUAUUAUGCAGUUAUGGAUCUUGAUGUUAUUAUGGCUGCCGUCUCUUGUUGUGCUCUUUCCACUGUACAGUAUAUUUAUUACCCAUUUUAACCGCUUUCUUUCUUCAUUUUUAUGACAAGCAUGACUACCUACCUGUGCUCUUAAUAUUAUCGUGGCUGUUUUAUUUCAUUUUUUUUCUCUGUACGAUUAAAGCUGCCUGUGAAGCGAACAAACAGAGCUGACGUCUCUCGCAGAGAGAGACAUGUGGGUGUAUUUAACUAUGUGUUUUGUUACUACUUUGUUGUUUUUAAUCCUCUUUCUCUGGAGUGUUGUUGUUUACCCCGAAAUGACCCCUCUGUGGAUCCUCCCGGACCUUUCUGGACCCCUCUGGACCCCUCCGAGCUGCUCUGUGAGACAGUGGAACCCCAUGCAGCAUGCUACAGUAUUCCCUGUUCUUGAAGAUUUCCUCCAUGUUUGACCUGCUGGACGGCAAGAAGCGGUUGAGAUUUACACCCUCCCAUUGCACAUGUACUGUAUAUUUCCAGGUUCUCUUGUGCCGGUGUUUACUUGCAUGAUAUUUCCAAGUUAAUGCACCACUAAAAUUGGAUGUUUCUGUGCAUUUGGUUGAAUUUUGUCUUCUAUGGACUGAUACUGCUGGUGAGCUUUAAUCUGUUUCCUGGGCUGUGUAAAGUGCAGGUCCUGUUCUAAGUUCAGCGUAGAAAAAAAAAUGGAUGUAAACUUUUUUUCACUAUUUACUCGCUCCUGAACAGAGUAAGAAUGGCUCUUUACUGUUUAUUAAACAAAAAUAAUAAUAAAAAUCCUCUCCUGGUUGAGUAUUUUUGGUGUUUUAGAUUCAAAGCUAAUGUGACUGGAAAAAAAACGUUUUAAAGCCAAUCAUGAUGGAUCGAUUAUUGAAUUAAUAGCCAAAUAAUUUAGUAAUUGAUCAAUUAAGUGGAAUUUAUAGACAAACCAAAACCCAUUUGCUGAAUAAAUCUAUAAUCAGAACAGUAAUUAAGCUAAAAAUGUACAAAAAUAUCCACAUUUUGUAUUAAUCAGCAGAUUAAGUAAAAACAGCUGAACUUUUCAGACGUAUCUUUUUAGCUGCAGAUGCAUCUUUUGCCACACAUGAUCCACCGUUCACUGAAGGAAUU